AUGCUUUUUCAUCUUCUCGGCGUGAUGAGCCUUGUCUCCGGCGUCGCCGUUGCUUCGAAGCCCAGCAAACCCAAUAUCAUUCUCAUCUUGACUAAUGAUCAGGAUGUCCACAUGCAAUCGAUGGACUAUAUGCCACUGCUCAAAACGUACAUGGUAGACAAAGGGACUCUGUAUAAGCGCCACUACUGCAUCAUGACUGGAAAGUUGGCGCACAACUCCAAUGUCACAGACAUGAUCCCACCCUAUGGUGAGUACUCCACUAAAUUCGCUUCAUAUAUUCAGGGGCUGAACGAUGAUUACCUACCCGUUUGGCUACAGGAUAACGGCUACAACACUUACUACACCGGAAAGUUGUUCAAUGCACACACUACAGAGAACUAUGACAAACCUCAUGCAGCCGGAUGGACUUCAUCAGAUUUCUUGCUUGAUCCGUUUACGCAUAGCUACUGGAAUGCUACGUGGCAGAAAGACUUCGAGAAACCUGUGAGCCGCGGAGGGUACUACAACACUGAUGAUCUAGCCGAUAAGACUAUCAACUACAUUCGGGAGGCCCAUGCCACUGGAAAACCUUUCUUUUUGGGAAGCGCUCCAAUUGCCCCCCAUGAUGAAGCCUGUAUCAAUCCAGAAGCACUGAAAGGAGCUAUCUCGCCAGAUUCACCUGAGGCUAGGCCGCAAAUCCUGCCUCCUUUUCCUGCCCUGCGGCACGAGAACAUGUUCGCUGGUCUCAAGGUGCCAAGGACUCCAAACUUCAAUCCGGACAAACCUAGUGGUGUCAACUGGGUGGCUCGGCUCCCGAGAUUGAACCAAACCAGUAUUGACUAUAACGAUAACUACUUCCGCCGGCGUUUACAAGCCCUCCAAGCAGUAGACGAAAUGGUGGAAAGAAUCGUUCAGGAGUUAGAGAAACUUAAUAUCGCAGAUAACACUUAUGUUAUCUAUACGACUGAUAACGGUUACCACCUGAGCCAAUAUCGGCUACAGCCAGGAAAGACAUGUGGAUUCGAAACAGAUAUCCACAUCCCUCUUUUAAUCCGUGGUCCAGGUAUACCAAAGGGUGCCAUUGUCGACGUCGUUACAAACCAUACAAAUCUUGUCCCAACCAUCUUCCGUAUGGCUGGUAUCCCGGCAAAGCCUGAAUUUGACGGUGUCGCAGUCCCGCUCACGAAUAACGAGAUUUUCAAGGGUCUCUCUGCGCGUGCCGAGCAUAUUGCCGUUGAAUACUGGGGUUUAUCGAUUGAUGAGAGCUGGAAUAGUUCGAUCUCACUUGGAAACACCUAUAAGGGCAUCCGCCUACAAAGCAAGGAUUACAGCUUCUACUAUGCUGUGCACUGUACUAAUGAGCACGAAUUAUACGAUAUAAGUGCCGAUCCUUACCAAAUCAAAAACCUUUUGCCAUCAGGCCCCAAUGGCACUGGGAUCGCCAUUACUGACUACAAUUCCACUACUAAAGUUUACAAUCGCCCUCCUGUCAACUUCAUUAGUCGGCUGGAUUCAAUGAUGAUGGUUAUGAAGAGCUGUAAGGGGAAAACAUGCCAGAACCCUUGGAGCACUUUGCGUCCCGAAAGUGAUGUUAGAUCUUUGGAAGAUGCUCUGGAUAAGAAGUAUGAUGACUUUUACCUUCAGUCAGCGAGGUCAAACUCUGUCAGGUUCUCUAUGUGUGCCAACGGAUAUAUCGUUGCAGUCGAAGGGCCUCAGAAUCCUCUGGUUUAUCAGACUGCUGAUUGGAGUGCAAUGACUUAG